UAGUAUUGAAUAAUGUACCGUAAGUGGAGGUAACACUGAGUAUAUUCGUUACGUCGCUUUGCUUUACUUUGGCUUUCGUUACAUCCUAACAGUUAAUCACUUUGCGUUUCAAAUAAUUUUUUUCACGUUUUCUGAUUUGUGUGCUGUUCAAUUUCAAACACGAGUCCGCUUAUUUCAUUAUGCGAUCUAAUAUUAGAUCGGAUACUGACCAAGAAUGGUUUUAUGACAUCUAAGGAGCAAACAAUUUCACAACUCGUUCUUUUUGCGGAAGUUCCAGUUAUGACUACAGAUGGCGUUGUAUGGUGCUCCGUUUCCCAGAUAUAUAACUUAUACAGAUUGGUUACAUGAUGCAUGUAAUACUGACGAUGUUUAUUACACAUAUAAUGGGCGCAUAGUAAAUAAUAUGGAAGAAAUUCCUGAAUGUGCUUUGUUGAACGUGCACUAUCGUUUGCGCGGUGGUAAAGGGGGUUUUGGAUCUAUGCUACGGGCUAUUGGGAGUCAAAUCGAGAAGACAACCAAUCAUGAAAUGUGCAGAGACUUAUCAGGUAGGAGAAUGCGUGAUGUAAACCUGGAAAAAAAAUUAAAGGAAUGGUAUGCUACGGCUGACGAACGGGAACGUAAAAAAGCAGAGGAAUAUAUUGAAAGACGACGAAAACGUCAAGAACUAUUAAAACAGGGUCUUUUACCUGAACAUAGUUUUUCAGAUCGUGAAUAUGAACGACAAAAACGUAAAAUUGCUUACGAACUACGGGGAGCCUUAGAUAUAGCCAUAGAAAAUGUUAAGAAAGAAAAGAAACAAACGGAAGUCCAACCUGUAAUUUCCUCUGAAAAGCAGCUGAAUACAAAGCGUACUCGAUUAUGGAUUGAGGAAAUGGACAAAGGGCUGUCUUCGGGUUCUAGCGAUGAAGAAUUUUCGGCUAGCUCGUCAUUUGACAUUUCCUCUAGUCUUGCAAAACAAGAUGAUAAUUUGCCCGUAAAAGAUGAUACCGAAGCCAAAACGGAUUCUACAGAAAUCCUUAACAGUAUUAAAUCAGAUGUAAUCGUCGAAGAUAAAAAAGAAUCGCAAAGUGCUUGUAGAAAUACCUCAAAAGAAACCGCACAACCUUUGACUGACCAACAGUUGCGUGAAGUAGAUACUGCUGAAAACCUCGAAGUGUUCGGCUUGGAUGUUCUUAAAGCAACCUUAAUGGCUCGGGGUUUAAAGUGCGGAGGGACGUUGAAAGAACGAGCUAGCCGUUUGUUUUCAAUCAAAGACUUAAGUUCCGAGAAAUAUCCUACAAAGUUACUAGUGAAGAACAGAUAACUGAUUUGCCUGAGAUGCCUUUCAGAAAUUUAUGUAUAAUUUUAAAGAUUUGUUUUCGCAUAUAACAGUAUAUAUAUAUAUAUGCAUGCAAAA